AUGCCUGGCAACCCCUACAUUCACUCACAACCUACACAUGCACAGCGACUUCGCCCACACCUACCGAGUCACUUGGGCGCCAAGGUCGUCAGCUUCCUCGAGGCCUGGCAGAGGUUGGCCGGCCUGCUCGACUUUACGCUUCCUCCGUCCGUGGCUCGAGUGAUUAACACAAGCCAUGCGUCUGGCCACACUCUGGCCCUACGUCAAAACGACACAAAUGAGCAUCAAAAUGAGGACCAACAGGUGACCGGCAAUAUGCACCUGCCCGUAUCCACUUCGGCCACUGUUGUUCGCAUGCAGAAUGACAUUUCCGGACUAUCCAGAUGGUUGGCAACUGUGGCUCGUUUCCUGGCUACCAGCCAGGUCACUUUGGGAGACAAGUUCGACUCGGAGAUAGUUAGCGCCCAGCUACAGGUGAGCAUCCAUCUCACAUGGCCAACAAAGCGUCUAUCGGCAUUUUAUGGUUUCUGUCCCGAUGCCUGUGUGGAGGCGUGUAACUUUCUAGGCUUGGAUGUCUGGUAA